AUGAUGCCGUACCCAUUGUAUGUAGUAGUAUGGGUGGCACUGCUGCACGGGAGAAGCGCCUGCCUCGGUGCUAAGAUAUUCAUGUUGCCGUACACGCAGGUGUUCAACUCCCGGACGCUGAACAUGGAGAAAAUCGCCCGUCUUCUCACUGACCGCGGUCACUCGGUCACAAUGAUGGUGGCUGACCACUACAAACCACGGACAAACAUCGACGGCGUGUCGCUGGUCAGAUUUGAGACACCCAAGCUGGAGGUGAACAAAGCGGGGGAGCUGGCCUUGGAUACGACCAUGAGCUCUGUUUACGAGGGUCUCGAGAAGAUGAUGGCGGCAAUGGACGAGAUGGAAGAAGCUUUCUGCCAUUUUUUAUUAAGAAACGAAACCAGGUUGCAAGAAUUGAAAGCGACCAAUUUUUCGUUGUUUCUCUUUGACUUGGUCAAUUUGGGAUCUGGUCCCGUACUAAACGACUUUUUAGAAAUCCCGUCCAUAGCAUACUCCAAUUUAGGAUUCUGGGACCCGUGGCACGUGUUUCGCCAGCCGGUGUUUAAGUCCUUCACACCGGCCAUUCCCGGGGGCUACUCCGACCACAUGACGUUUUGGGAAAGACUCCACAAUGUCGACAUAGAAAACGAAGUCAAUGAUUGGUUAGACAAGAAAAUAGAGCGCACGGAUGCCAUGGUGUUGGAGUAUUUUCCAAAGAAACCUUGGCCCCCUAUGAAGAGAGCAUUUGAAAGAGUUUCUCUGAUGAUUGCCGCCAAUGUCGACUUCGCUCUGGAUUAUCCCAGACCCGUGAUGCCUCACGUUAAACCAAUCUCUGGACUUCUUUGGACACCACCCAAACCUCUGCCGAAGUUUUACCAAGACUUAAUGGCGUCUGGGCGUCAUGGCGUUGUCGUGAUGAGUUUCGGUACCUUAGUAGCAGAACUGACCGAGGGGAUGGCGGAGGGCAUCGCAAAAGUGUUCGCCAGACUACCUCAAACUGUCAUCUGGAGAUACAAGGGACCUGUUCCGAAGUCUCUUGGGAAAAACACGCACUUGGUCGAUUGGUUUCCACAAAACGACAUUCUUUCACACCCUGCCACGAAACUCUUCAUCACCCACUGUGGGAUCAGUAGCACGUGGGAAACUCUGUACCACGCCGUCCCCGUUGUGGCUGUCCCGUUAAUUUGGGAUCAGCAUCAGAACGCCAGAAAACUCACAGACAGGUGCAACAUUGGAGUAUCCCUCAGCUUUUUAACAUUCACUGAGGCAGACUUCGAGAGCGCCAUACAAACAGUUCUUAACAACAGGACAUACAAGGACAACGCCGUUAAAAUGUCCGAGCUUUUAAAGGACCAACCCAUGUCGGGGCAAGACCAAUUGCUGUUUUGGAUAAACUAUGUUAUACGUCACAAUGGGACUCUUCAUUUUCACUCCCAAGCUUCCUACAAUCUUAACUGGUGCCAGUACUUCUUAGUUGACAUUAUUGCCUACAAGAUAGCAGUUAAAUGUUUACACUACAUCUUUGUGUUAGUUUGUGCUAUUAUGUUUUGGAAAUUGCUAAAAUACACAUGGUUUUUAUAUUCUAAACAGAAGAAAAAAACAGUCUGA